CGUGUCUUCCCUUGCUAAACUAAACAAUUUUACCUCUUUAUCAAAAUGUUCAUUUUUUUAAUCUGCUCCCUAACUUUUCUCCAAAGCCUUUACCUUCCUCCUCCUCUCCUCCUCCACCCUCGACUCAGCACAAGACAGCUGAGGAAAGCAGCAGCAGAAGAGGCGGGGCGAGGUUUUCAGACUUUCUGAUUUUCAGAGUUUCACUCUCUAGUCUUUCGAGUUCCUGCUGACCCAGAACGACCCCCUUAAUCAGCACCACCGCCUGGACACUGUGACACAGGAGGAAGACUUUAGUGUCUCCUCACCAUGAGCCCACGCAGAGAGGUCGAGCCGCGUGCGGGACGCGCUGUUUCUCCGUGCGUAAAACUCGCGUAGAGCUUGGAGGCGUUCAGGGAGCGCGAACAUGCUGCGCCCGAGCGCCUGAUGGAGCUUCAUUCUCCAAACCUACAGGACACAGCAAAGCAAGGCACGCGAGACCCGAGACCACCCCCAGCAGAAUGAACAACAGCAGCAGCGUUAGCAGCGCGAGCUCCGUCCCGCGGCGCAUGGAGCCCACCAUCCCGGUGGUGAUGUUCAUCUUCGGCGUGGUGAGUAAUGUCAUCGCCAUCGUGGUGCUGUGCAAGUCGCGGCGCGAGCAGAAGGAGAGCGCCUUCUACACGCUCGUGUGCGGCCUGGCCGUUACCGACCUCCUCGGCACGGUGCUGGCCAGUCCCGUGACCAUCGUGACCUAUGUGAAAGGCGCGUGGCCGGCCGGGGACGCGCUGUGCCAGUAUUUCGGCGUGGUGCUGCUGUUCUUCUCGCUGGCCGGACUCAGCAUCAUCUGCGCCAUGUCCGUAGAGCGCUACGCGGCCAUCAACCACGCGUACUUCUACAACCACUGCGUGGACCGGCGGCUCGCGGCGCUCACGCUGCUCGCCAUCUACGCGUCCAACGCGCUGUUCUGCGCGCUGCCCACGCUGGGCUUCGGCGAGGUGAAGAUGCAGUACCCGCAGACCUGGUGCUUUAUCGACUGGAGGACGAACGUCAGCAGCCACGCGGCUUUCUCCUACAUGUACGCGGGCGUCAGCUCCGUGCUCGUGCUCUGUACCGUGGCUUGCAACGUGCUGGUGUGCGGCGCGCUCGUGGCCAUGCACCGCAGGCUCGUGCGCAGAACCUCGCUGGGCACGGACCAGGGCAGGGCGGCGGAGCUGGGCAGGAGGAGGCUGGCCGGUGCUGAGAUCCAGAUGGUCAUCCUGCUCAUCGCCACGUCCGCCGUGGUGCUCAUCUGCUCCAUCCCAAUGGUCGUACAAGUGUUUGUCAAUCAGAUGUACAAAGUUCCAGUGGAAAAGAGGUUGGACAAAAACCCAGAUCUUCUGGCUGUCAGGUUUGCCUCCACCAACCCCAUUCUAGACCCGUGGAUCUACAUCCUACUGAGGAAAUCGGUGCUCCAGAAACUCAUAGAAAACAUCAAGUGCUUGUUCUGCAAGAUUGGUGCACGGGGACAACAAAGACCAGGACCCUUCCCCUGUGUAGAGGGCCAGCAGGUUUCUUCUAUCAUGUCCAGAGAGUCUCCUUCACUCGUGUCUCAUGACCUGAGGGAGGUCACGAGCACCUCCCAGACUCUCCUCUAUCUCCCUGAAGCCAACGAGAUAUACCUAGGCACAUGCCAUUCCAGCCAGUGUGGCUCCUGCCCUUCUGUAGGCCACUCCUCCAAAGACCUCAGUUCAGAAUCCUCCAACAGGAGCAGUCUAAACAGCGAGGCAGCGACGUGUCCGAACGUUAGCCCCAUGAACAAUGCUCCUGAGGAUUCUUCCUCUAAAGACCAAUCUCUUCAAGUGACUUUAACCAAUGUGACAUUCCAAGAGAAAAGUAUUUAGUGCCUCACUGGACGUUUCUGCCAAAAUCAAACCUUUUUUUUACAAUUUCCCCUCAUUCCGAACACAGUCGAUCAGCCAGGACAAACGAAUGGACUUAUAACCAAUUAGCUCUGCUUAAACUUCAAGCCUAAAUCAUGUUUUUAAAACCACGUUGAGUUUGGUACUUAGGAAGACAUAUUCUUUUCUAGAAAAAAUGGACAAUAUAUGUAAUGCAUAUAAAGCAAAUCAAGCAAUCUUGAAGCCUGAAUUUUGUCUCUAUUUUUUAGGAAAAAGUCCCAAAUGCUUUGGGUUUAAAACAUAAACCAAUUCUGUAAAAAAAAAUUAAAAAAUCAGAAAUUUCUUUUGCUAAAAUUUUGAUUAUUUGAGUUGGAAGUAUGGAUACUGUUGUUCCAUUUUCUUCCAUACUAAAGAAAUUAAUCCCAAAAUGUCUGCCAUGUUGUAAAAUUUGCAAUCUGUGCCUGUGGAGUACAGACCAGAGGUGGAGCCAGACUUACCAACUCAUUGGGCAGACCCACCCCCUUCUCACAGACCCAUUGUCUCAGACCGCCUUUAUUGAGUUUACAGCAGAGCCUAAAAGAACAACAGCAAAAUGAAUUUUCUACUGGAUGCUCAGUUCAUCCAGUAAGUGUAAUAUUGAGAGUUUCAUUGAGCUAAACACAAAUAACAGUUUUUUAAAAUUGAAGUUACAAUCCAGAUUUGAUUGGGAAUAAAAAAUAAAAUAAAAAUAAAUUUGCUCAUAAAUAUAUAUAUUUUAUUUAUAAACAACAUUUAAAAUCAGUCCUGUUAGAUGUCCCCCAAAGGUAUAAAUAUACAAAAUUGAAUCACUUUAUUUGUAACAAGUUCUUAACAUUAACAGGUACAUUAACAGGAAAGUGUGUCUUCAGUUCUCUUAGUUUAGUAAUGUAUUUAAAUGUUUGUGAAGUCUAUAUUUUCAGAUAGACAAUCAUACUUAUUUAAAUUCAGCCUGGCAGAUCGACUACAUUUGGUACAAGGGUAAAAUUGCAUAAAAAAUACAUACUUUGAGGCAUUAGCAACCCUACAGUCUACCAUUAACACAAAUCAAUCCACAAACAGCUACAAUAGUGCAUUUUUUAAAUAAUUGCUGAUAAUAACAAAAUAGCCAAAAUAUUUCAUGUAAGUAAAAAUGAGGCCAUGGGUUGGUAUUGAAUCAAAGUGUGUAUUUAAGGGUUACAAUUCAUUCAAAAAAUGCUUUUGUACUGUUGUAUCACUAUAUAGUAACUGUGAAAUUUUGUUGUGUUUUUUUAUUCAGUUCUGUGCUCUAUGACUUUCUGACCCACAGCACUUGCAGUGUCAAUAGCCAACAAAGUCCUCAUUUCAAGUUCUGCUGUCUGAUUUAUUUUGAAAAUGUUAUAGCUGUACGCUUCCGGACGCUUUUGGACACUGAUAAACUCUUUUCAUGACUGUAGAACUUGUGCUGCAGAAGUACGCUUUGUGAGCCACGUAAGUAGCCUAUCAGUAGCAUUUCUCAAAGGAUAUUUAGGAGUGGUCGGGUCAGGUUCAUUGAAGUCUUUGCUAAAAAAAAACCUCUCCAAACUAGCCCUGCACGAUCUACAGUGAGGACAUGUUUGUUUUUCCAGCAGGGUUCAAACUGGUCACAUCACGAUCAACAGCAAACCACGCAGGAAAUAACCUUGCAGAAGAUGUUUUCCUUUAAAUGUUGGAGUGGCAGCGUUUGAGAACAUCCUACUUCCCAACCAACUGUUAUCUUUUCUAGUGAAUAAAUAAAUGUGAUCUGCAGCGCGACCCGAAUUAAAAGUAUUUAAGCCUCAAUAAGCAUUUUGAUGGCUGGACAAACAUGCGGUAUUCCUUGCGAAAGCGUGUGUGAGAAACCUAACCCUAUCUGAAUAUGUGUAAAAGUAUUUUUUCGGAACAUUUGUGUAUACUUUAAAUCUGCCCAACAGAAGCUUUGCCCACCAUGGAGUAAUCACAGUGCACACAAAAUAAUACAUAAGAAUACAACAGUAUAUCCAAUGCAAAUUAGAUAUUUUUUGUUGUUUAAUUAGGCAUGUCAUGAUAAUUAUGAUAAUUAAUUAUCAAUGUACUGUACAAUAUACGAACAUGGCUUCGGUAUUGCGUAUUGUGUUGUCCUUAACUGUUUGAAAAUUAAUACUUCAGGCAAAAAAAAUAAUAAUUAAAUUAAAAAUUAUGCUGCAAACCUAUGGAUGAAAAAAUAUACAUUGUCCACAUUAUUAAUAAUUAAAAGUUCAUUGUUCUAUAAAUGGAUGUAUUUCUAUUAUUAUGCUUUAAACUUAUCUGUAUAUCAGUGGCAUAUAACAGUAUAGAAUAUUGUGAAUUGCAAGUAUUUGUUGCACAAUAUACCGUCCACUUAAAUGCAAUUAAUAAGCUUAGGUCUAAUAAUGUUUGACCCACACAAAGGUGAUAGACAAAUAGCGGCCAAUUACUACAUAUCCCCAAAAUCCCAGUAAGUUUUAAAUGUUUUUAUUUCAGAGAUAACUAUACCAUUUUUUUACUCUUGAAACAUAAUAAAAAUAAUGAGGUUUUGCUAGUUGUAAGCAUUAAUGGUUAAAGUGUGGGCAGACUGUGAUCUUGUGAAGCCAAACUCUUUUCAAGCUGCCACAAGUGAUGCACCACUAGGCAGAUAACUGCGUGGGAUUCCCAGCUUUGAUACAUCAGCCAACAGAUGCCUGUGCUGACCGGCAGCAUCACAAUGGAAAUUAUGAUCUUGGGAUAAACUUUAAAAAAGUAACCUUUGACAUCAGUGAUAUCACAACCGUCACACGUUUUUUAAAACAAAUUAAUAAUAUAAAAUUUUCUUACCAAUUUUCAAAUUGUCUCCCUACUUAAUAACAAAAUAUAUCUUUGAAACAGAAAAGGGUCAUCAAAAUUUUUACAACUCGAUGUCAACCACAUGUUCAUUAAAUGUCAAUUUUCACUAAAAUUAUUGACCCUGUCAUUGUCCACCCUGUUUUGCAUUGUAAACCAGGCAAAUCUGUUUAUUGUAAAUAUAAUAAAUAUGUUGAAUUAAUUAAAAAUCUUAAAUCAA